AUGAGUGCAGAUUGGGGACCAGUGAUUGUAGCAGUGGCUUUGUUCAUCCUGCUCUCGCCAGGAUUGCUCUUUCAGCUACCGGCGAGGACAAGAGUGAUGGAGUUUGGGAACAUGAGCACAAGCGGCAUUUCGAUUUUGGUCCAUGCCAUUAUUUACUUCUGUAUACUCACUAUCUUGAUCAUAGCCAUACAGAUUCACAUCCAUUUCUGA